AUGGUUAAGCUCCAAUUUCGCCGUCAAUCGCAUGACUACGGGAUUGAAGUUCCAACCGAUCUUAGGGAUGCUCCGUCAGUCGCCGUCAAUCUCUCUGCGUUGUCAUCAUCCCGUUUGAUUUCGCCGUCAAGCUCCAAUUUCUCAGCUCCAAUUUCUCCGUCAAUCGCCGUCAAUCUCCGGCGCGGCCGAAGGGAACACGAUGGUGGCCGGGAACGAAACAGUACGGCGGUAGCGGAGGAAGACGACGGCGACGCCAUCAAAAAAAACUCCUUCGUCGAUGGCAUCACCACCUCACCGUCCGCGCCAAUAGCAUCAAUCGAAGCAGUCGACUCCUCGAUCCCCCUUCCAAGACGAAUAGCAUCAAUCGAACCCGUCGUUUCGACUGAAUCAGUCGACUCCUCCAAUCCCCCUUCACACAAGUCAGCCACCUCCUCCAAUCCCCCUUCCGCCGCCGCAUCCGCCUCCGUCUCGCUCAAACAUCCACGACGAGAGAUGCAUCUCGCUCAAAUUAGCACUUGUGAUUCGUCGAUGGGGUACUCUUCAAGAUCGUCUUGGCUUUUCGAGGCCGUCGUGUUGGUCUCCACGCUCUGCGCCUUCUUCCUUUUCUGCUGCUGCCAUUUCUAA